CAUCCACCAACCCCGCCAACCGUAGCACCAAAGCAAACCACAAAUUUCUGCACAUUCACUGUAGGCACCAGAGAAUCGCCAUGGCGAUCAGCCUCAGGCGACUCUCUUCCUCCUCCAUCAAGACCCCAAUCAAACCUCUUCUCAGUGGCGGCUCCCUAUUUUCCAUGUCUUCUUUGCCGAAUGAAGUCCUAGCAGAGAAAGAGAAGGCUCGUGCUACUUGGAUACAGCAGUUGAAUGCUUCGCUGGAGGAAAUUGAUCCUGAAAUCGCCAACAUCAUCGAGCUCGAGAAAGCAAGGCAAUGGAAGGGACUUGAACUUAUACCUUCAGAGAAUUUUACUUCAGUAUCAGUCAUGCAAGCUGUAGGCUCUGUAAUGACCAACAAAUACAGUGAAGGAUACCCUGGCGCUAGAUACUAUGGAGGAAAUGAGUACAUUGAUAUGGCGGAGUCGUUGUGUCAGAAACGUGCUUUAGAGGCUUUUGGUUUGGAUCCUGCAAAGUGGGGAGUAAAUGUGCAGUCACUAUCUGGAUCCCCAGCUAACUUUCAAGUUUAUACUGCAUUAUUGAAACCUCAUGAGAGAAUUAUGGCACUUGAUCUACCUCAUGGUGGACAUCUUUCUCAUGGUUAUCAGACUGACACAAAGAAGAUAUCUGCUGUGUCCAUAUUUUUUGAGACAAUGCCUUAUAGGUUGAAUGAGAGCACAGGUUAUAUUGACUAUGAUCAGUUGGAAAAAAGUGCUGUACUGUUCAGACCAAAGCUUAUAGUUGCUGGUGCCAGUGCCUAUGCACGCCUUUAUGACUAUGCUCGAAUCCGCAAGGUCUGUGACAAGCAGAAAGCAGUUCUGUUGGCUGAUAUGGCACAUAUUAGUGGGUUGGUUGCUGCAGGUGUCAUUCCAUCUCCUUUUGAAUAUGCUGAUAUUGUGACAACGACUACACACAAGUCGCUUCGUGGCCCACGUGGUGCUAUGAUCUUCUUCAGGAAGGGGGUAAAAGAGAUUAACAAACAAGGGAAAGAAGUGGUGUAUGAUUUUGAAGACAAAAUUAAUCAGGCUGUCUUUCCUGGACUUCAAGGUGGUCCCCACAAUCAUACCAUAGCUGGUUUAGCAGUUGCAUUGAAGCAGGCCAGAACUCCCGAGUACAAAGCAUAUCAAGAACAAGUUCUCAGUAAUUGCUCAAAAUUUGCUCAGAGUUUGCUAGAGAGGGGCUAUGAACUAGUGUCUGGUGGGACUGAGAACCAUUUAGUAUUGGUCAAUUUAAGAAACAAGGGAAUUGAUGGCUCAAGAGUUGAAAAAGUACUGGAAUCAGUACAUAUUGCAGCCAACAAAAACACUGUUCCUGGUGAUGUCUCCGCCAUGGUUCCUGGUGGCAUCCGUAUGGGAACCCCAGCUCUCACAUCUAGGGGCUUUGUUGAAGAGGAUUUUGAAAAGGUAGCUGAGUUUUUUGAUGCAGCUGUUCUGUUGGCCUUGAAGAUCAAGGCUGAUACAAAAGGGACAAAGUUGAAGGAUUUUGUAGUAACCAUGCAGUCAGACGUGAACAUUCAAUCUGAGAUCACAAAGCUCCGACACAAAGUGGAGGAGUAUGCCAAACAAUUUCCAACAAUUGGUUUUGAGAAAGAAACAAUGAAAUACAAGGACUGAAGAAGACUCUUUGCCUGUAAGAGGUUCAUUUGUCGUUGACACCAUAGUCUGCUUCAAAAUGUUGGUUUUCGAAUGAAGUGAGUAGAUUAGAGAUUAAUCACAUGAAAUGGAUGAAAGGAGAAAAUGCUGAACUCAAGAUCCAGACGAAGUUCGAGGGAUUUUCACUCGCAAUGUGAAUUGCCACUGAACCUGUUAUGAUAUAACUUUAUUUUCGUCGCAGUAAGUGGUUAUUAUUAUUAUUGUUAUUGCUUGAAUGAGAUCACCUUCGCUGUUUGUAGAUCCUGAAACUCCAAAUAGUCAUCACCCUUCGCUCAUUCAUCGUCAAUGCAUCUAUAUUUCAUGUAAUUGAGUUCUGGAAUAAAAAAUAAAACGUGGA